AACGUCGGUUCUGUCGUACAGAGAUCCCACACUGCUGCCACGCAUGUUAUACCGGCACAAUGUGCGACCGACGGUCGAGCUGCCGUGCCGGUGCGACUCGUAAAUAUCAACCUUGCCAAUUUUAACGGGAUAGAGAAAUGAUAUUUUAAAUGGAUAGAAUCGAAAAAGGAAACAAUGAAUUGGACACGAAUAUCGCUGCUUCUGUGCGUUUUUGGAUUCGUAAAAGAAUUCAGACCAUCCGAACCGUUUGUUGUCGAAUAUUUAACCGGACCCUGGAAGAACUUCACCGAGGAGCAGGUUUAUCAAGACCUCGUUCCACUGUACACGUAUUACUAUUCAGUAACGUUACUUCCCAUACUCUUGCUGACUGAUUUCCUCCGUUAUAAACCGAUCAUCAUAUUAUGCGGCCUGUCGGGAACUUGUUCUUACAUAGCAAUCGUACUUUCGAAAGGAGUGCAAGAUGUGCAAAUUAUUUCGUUCUUGCUUGGUGUUUUCAUGUCGUCAGAGGUAGCGUAUUUUUCGUACAUAUAUGCUAAAGUCAGUAAGCUACACUAUCAAGAGGUUACUAGUCAUACCAGAAUGGCCCUUUUGCUAGGAAGGUUUACAGCGGGUAUUACGUCGCAAUUGACUGUAUCUACAAAUCUGUUGGAUUACCACCAGCUCAAUUACGUCUCAUUACUAGCACUCGGGAUUGCGACGAUCUGGUCAUUUUUUCUGCCUCCUUUGGGGCAGUCUGUUUACCUCCAUCGUCCAAUCGGUUCUGUUUCUAACGAACCUGCUCCAUCUAAAAUUGACAUAGGAUCACCAAACCAGACGGAGCGAAGCUCGGAUCAAUUGUUUAACUUGCAGCAAGGCACGAGUCUCAAUAAUAUUGAAAAAGAACCAAGUCUGGCUAAAAAGAUCAAACAUGUCUAUUACCUACUCUGGAAAGAUUUUUUGUUGGCAUAUUCUAACAGCUAUGUACUGAAAUGGUCAUUGUGGUGGACAUUGUCUACCUGUGGAUUUAUGCAGGUAAUUAACUAUGUACAAGUACUCUGGCAGAGUUCGUUUGAAGAAGCAGCCAAAGUUUAUAAUGGGGCAGUUGAAGCUGCUCUCACGAUUAUGGGUGCAUUAGCAUCGUUCGGCGUUGGAAAGCUCAAAUUGAAUUGGCCGAUAAUCGGAGAAGGCACAUCGUCGAUAAUUGCAUUAAUACAGGGUAUUUUGCUAUUCAUAGCAGCACAAACGCACAACAUAUGGAUCUCAUAUACUGCCUACGUCAUAUUUAGUGUCGCAUAUCAGGCUAUGAUUACUGUUGCAAGCUCUGAAAUUGCUAAACACUUAUCUGAGGAUAGUUACGGAUUGAUAUUUGGAAUGAACACAUUAGUAGCAUUACUGGAGCAGAGCCUCUUGACAUUUCUUAUCAGUGGAAGUCAGGUUUUUGGUUUAGCAGUCAGGCCACAGUACGUCGUCUAUGGAUGUUAUUUCGUUGUCCUCAGUGUCAUAUUUAUGAUAAUGGCAGUACACACGCUAGUGAAGCAUCGCAGAAGUAAUAAACAAUUUAACCUGUGGGAAUCAAGACUUUCCACCCCAUAGCUGAUUGAAUAGAAUAACAUUAGGUUUUCAUUGGGCAUAAUGCAAGAUACCUUUGAUGGAUAAGUUUAUAUUUUUAAUUCGCUAAUUGCGACCAAUUUUGAGAAUUUACGCAAUUAUACCUAUUAUGCCUAUGUAAAAGAUAUAUUAUAUUCGUACUGUCACAGUCACUGGUAUUUUUUUCGUCGAAUCAAUAUCCAGCUGUACGGUAUGGUGUUAUUGCAAAUUGAGAAUUCUUCUUGCAUCAAGAAGGAGGUAGUCGAUAGUUGUUUAUUUUACUUUUUCUUGUUAUAUUAUUUUUAUAUGUAUAUGCACUAAAUUACCAACACCUCUAAGUACUAUUAUAAGAAGUAAUGGAAAUACGAACAAAAGCUUAAUUAUCGAUGUUUUAUUUCAAAUCGCAUCAAAAUAAUCCAAAUAGUAGAUUCAUUUUAUUUCGCUCUACGCACUCAGAAAAAAAUUUGGUUAUAAUGACCAAAUUUGGUCCUGGCAACGAAAUUUUAGUGUUAAUAUGCUUCAAGUUUUAUUCGAGUUUCACGAGAAAAUUUUUGACAAAAUACUUCUGGCAAAUAGCUUUAAAAAAAAAAGAAAAGAAAGUUGUCUGUGAGUUUGAUGGAUUAUUAUGGACAAGAUUAUUUUCUACAAAGUGACCGAAACAAAUUUUCUUUCUUUACAGUAGUCGAUUCAAUGUUGUAAAUUUUUGAUCAUAAUCAAUGUAGUUCCAAUGUUGUAAAAUUUCAUAUUUAACAAUGCUAACAUGAUAGAAUAAUAACAUUUCACUAAAUUUGUAGAGAAUGAUGUUUUGAAUUAAAUUAGCCAUCGUAGAGUGAAUUCCAACGAAUAUACAUGAAUCUUACCUAUUGUGAAUCAAUUUUGAAUUAAGCAUUCGCAUCUUAAGCUUUUGCUCCAGUACUUUUUAAUGCUGUAUUUUUAAAGAGAUCUUCAAAGCUUACGAAUAUACCAAUUUGACAAAUACUCAAUGUACAACUAUCUCGUAAUAAAAUUAAUAAAAAGUAUUAAUUUUUGGCCACUUAACUUCCUUAAUUAAAUCGAAAUAGAUGGAAACAAGCGGUUGAUGAUGUAAAAGAAAAAUACAAGUCAAGUAAUUGACUACCAUGAGCGUCAAGAUUAGCGCUCGAGUGCGUCUCACUUUUUUAAUUUAACGAACUCGUUCAUGAACAGACUAUUUAAUGUUGUUAGGGCUUGAAGCUAGUCUUAUUGUUAAAUGAUUUGACGUAAGUUUAAGAAAUAAAAUGUAUUAUUGUUAUCGUACAUAAUAAUAAUAAUAAUAAUAGAAAGCUAGAUUUAUAUUGGUUUGCACAGUUAUGAAUGUAUGAGCUUAACAUUAUGCUUAAAAUUAAAAAGUGAUUUAUAUAGCUAAGAUUUGGAAAAUAAUGCGAACGAAUUAUUCAUAAUUAAUAUACUACUGGGGGUUAUGUACAAUGGGCAAAAGAGAAAGCUGUUGCAAGAGAUACUUUCCCGCAUACAUACUACUUGAAGUAAAACGACAUGUUCGUCAUUGAGUUCGUCAAAAUGACUAUUAUCUUCGUUCCUCAAUCAAUUCUUAUAUUUCGAGAAAUUUAUAAUUGAGGAACCUAUUAAUAACUGUUAUAGCAAACUUCAGUUUUUUUUUUUUAGUUGAAAAAUGUUUGAUUAUUCCAUUUCUUCACAAUAUUAAAAUUUGUCAAUAGGCGUAAAUAUACAGCUAUUUUUCACAAAAACUUUAUGAACCACUAAUUACAUACAGUAUAUGCUAAAAAUAUCAACAUUAACCAAAUUUUUUAUACGUACAUUAUCUAUUUGUCAAUCUAAUUGAAACAUAAUUUACUUAAGAUUAACAGUAUAUCUGCUGGUGUCAAAACAUACGCCUCACUGGCGCAUAUUUUUUGUGACCUUAGCACGUAUUUCUAAUUGUAAGUAAAGAAGCCAACUUCAAACCAAGAGGCUGAGUCCCGGAUCUGCAAGCUUGUGUAAAUUUUAUCAGUACAAGUGUAUAAUCAUUCUUA